AUUAAAAAUAGUUUUCCAAUAAAUUUCAUAGAAUAACUCUUCUGUUGUUUAUAGAAUGAUGAUAACAGAUCAAUACGUUUUUUCAAAGCACAAUUUUCCGGUAAUAGUUGAAGUUUAUCGUAAAAAUACAGUUUGAAACACUAUUCGACCUAUUUUGACUAGAGUAGUACGAGACUCCAUUAUCAAGCGUGAACCGACGACUUUCUGGCUGAGCCGAAGAACUGCAUUCACAACUCUACCCACACAAUCACUCGUCAUCAAUAGUCCCUGGCGAGCGCAUUGUUUAUUGUGUCAGGGGUGGACACUCAAGCAACAACGGACGGCACCAGAGGACUGGGGAGUGCUUCUCGUGUCUCGGGAGGAAGAAUAAGGACGUGCCAGCUGAGAAACCAGAUCAAGAAUAAGUUUUGCUGAGAGUCAUUCUGGUCUUUCCGAUAGAUUGGACAGCAUUUCUUGGAUUAUAAACCCUAGAUGGUCCACAGUUUAUGCACUGGGGACGAGUUUCGCUCCCUAUCCACAAAGCGACGUUGGAUACCUCCUUCAACUGUAAGACGCGAUGCACUCACCCAAGAAAAUAAGAAUGAUCUCAUCUUCCGCAAGGUUAGAGGAAUCCUCAACAAACUCACCCCAGAAAAGUUUCAGAAGCUGAGUGAUGAUCUUUUAAACACAGAACUCAAUUCAAGUGUAAUUCUUAAAGGCGUCAUAUUACUGAUAUUCGAUAAGGCUCUCGAUGAACCGAAGUACAGUUCUAUGUAUGCACAGCUGUGCAAGCGGCUAAGUGAAGAAGCACCGAAUUUCGAGGCGCCCGACAGUCCAUGCACGUUCCGCCUGCUGCUGCUCAACAAGUGUCGCGCCGAAUUCGAGAACCGCGCUGACGCCUUUGCCGACAAUGGAGCACACCUAUCCGCCGAAGAUGAGGAGCGCCGACAGAUUGCCAAGCGCAAGAUGCUUGGAAACAUCAAGUUCAUCGGAGAGCUUGGAAAACUCGAGAUCCUUUCAACAAGCAUUCUCCACAGAUGCGUCCAGCAGCUGUUGGAUAGACGAAACCGCAGUAAGGAUAUGGCAGAGGAUUUGGAAUGCCUCUGUCAGAUAAUGAAGACUUGCGGUCGUUUACUCGACACUGAAAAAGGACAAAGAUUGAUGGUUCAGUACUUCAAUCGGAUGUCGGUGCUGGCCCAAAACACCGACCUGCCUCCCAGAAUUCGCUUCAUGCUGCGUGACAUCAUUGACUUGCGAGAUGACAACUGGGUGCCUCGCAAGGCCAACAACAUCGAAGGCCCUAUGCCCAUCAAUCAGAUAUGUGACGACGAAGUGGGUCGAGGCGGCGGCAUGUACGGGGGCGGGAAUGGCGGUGGGGGCGGCGGAGGCUACCCGGGUGACCGCGGGGGCGGAGGCGGCGGUGGAGGUGGUGGCGGGGGGCGUAGAGGCAACGACGCGUUCCCUCACCACCAGGAGAUCUACCGGCGCCAGCUGAAGACGCGUGGCGACCUUGACGACAUGCUUAUUCAGAGUGCACCCUAUGGCCACUCGGGGGGCGGUGGGGGCGGCUCACAUCAUCAGAUGCAGCACCACGACAAGUUCCUCUCGUUCAACACCAACGGAUACCAGUCCGGUGGCGGAGGUGGCGGCUACCGUCAGUCUCGCCACAACCAACAGCCGCAACAGUUCUACCAACAGAAUCGCUACAACAACAACAACAACCAGCACAACAACAAUAGCAACAACAGCAACAAGGACAACCUGGCACCGCGCAUCAAGCGCAUGCUGCAUCAGCAGGGCAACCAGAACGUGGAGGAGAUCUCGCUCCGCCCGGCACAGAACUCGAUGCUGUUCAAAACGCAGCAGCUGAAGCCGCAGCAGAACCACCACCGUGGUGGCGGCGUUGGAGGCGGGGGCGGCGGACUGCUGCUGUCCGCCUCCGAGUCGACCAAUCACCUGCUCAAGCCCAUUCCCCCCAUCCAGUCCGCCAAGGAGAACUCGGUCGUCCUCAUCAAGCAGGCCUCCAUCGACAAGUCCAAAGCCAACAAGAAAGACAAGGGUCCGAGCAAGGAAGAAAUAAUGAAGAAGAUGACGUCGAUGACUGACGACAUGAUAAAGAGUGGUAAUGUCCAGGACGGGGUCUCUGCCUUCAAGGAGCACAAGGUUCCCGAGCGACUUGUCGCCGAGGCAGUCAACACUAUCCUUGUUCACACACUUGACAAACAAGAUGCGGACAGAGAGCUGGCGAUCAAGAUGCUGUCUUGUCUGAAGAAGGAGAGUCUGGUGACGGAGACGCAGUUCUGCGACGGCUUCCGCAGCGUGGUGCACUCGAUAGUGGACCGCGAGGCGACCGUGCCCAAGGUGCGCACACACGUGGCCUGCUACGGUAGCCAUGCGAUCACGCACGGCCUGCUCACGCUGCCCGACCUGGCCGACAUGGUGGAUGGUGGCGCUCACUACCCCCUCUUCAUGCUCACGCUGCAGAACCUGCACAAGAGCAUGGACAAGACCCAGCUCGUACACCUGUUCAACAAUAGUAAGAUAAAUCUUUUGAAUACUCUUCCGGAAGCAGACCGUACCAAGGAGCGUUUGUCGGAAAUUCUUGAAGACAAAAACUUGACGUUCCUGUUUCCAUUGCUGCGAAUUCAGUCGGAGCUGUGGAAGCAGCUGCAAACCGAUCCAAAUCCAACUCACCUCUACAAGUGGAUCAAAGAGAACCUGGACCUCGUGCAUCACACCGACCCCGGCUUCGUCAACGCUCUUGUCACUGUCAUCAUCAAGUAUAUCACUCAGGAACUAGGAAUAAAUGAAGGCAAUAAGGGGCAGGACAAAGAAACAGUUAUGCUGGAAAAGUUCAAGCCGGUCUUGCUGCCUUUCAUCAAAAGUAUCGAUCUACAAGUCACUGCCGUUUAUGCUCUUCAGGUCUUCUGCUUCACACUUGAUUUCCCAAAAGGUAUGCUUCGUCGAUGGUUCGUCAAUUUCUACGAGGCUGAGAUAGUUGAAGAAGAGGCAUUCCUGAAAUGGCGCGAAGAUUUGUCUGAUGCCUAUCCGGGCAAGGGCAAGGCUUUGUUUCAGGUGAAUCAGUGGCUGACAUGGCUGGAAACGGUGUCAUCGGAAGACGAAGAGGAGGAUGAUAACGACGGUGAUGCCUAAGUGCCAGCCAGCUUCGCUUAGUUUUAACAGUAAAUGUAAAAGAUGGCUGAGGGUUUUCGAAGAGUAGGACAGGUGGCCAUUGCUGCUGUGUAUUUCUGUUGUCAUUCUUAGCUAAUUGUAAAAUCUAGAUUAACUGAACGCGUAUCAAGUCUGUCCUCUCCUCGUCAAGUGUUGUUGCACCCCUUGUUGUGAAACGGUGAGAGAACAGUAUUAAGUGCUGGAAACUUUGGCAUUCAAAUGAAUAAUUUUUAACGAUCAGAUUGAGAAACAAGUUGUACUCGCUAGGCGCCGUCAUGUUGGAGAAGCACACUUAGGUGGGGCACAUCUUUAGUAGUUAAUUUUUUAUACCGUAUUAAACUUGUAUAAAUUUCGUAUUUGUUUCGAUCUGCAGUAUACUUUCGUCCUAUGCAUGUCAAACACAAUUUGCAACAAUCAAUUAGAAGCUGACCUAUAAAAUUUCUAUCUGAAAUUCAUCAGUAAAGUAUUGUGUGUGCACCCAUUCAAUUUAUAAAAUAACGAUGAAAAUGUUCCCAGUUAUUUAUGAAAAUUGUCUUUAUUUAUAACAUUGUUAUGGUGUACGAUAUUUAUUACUGAAGAAUAAUAAUUGUAACAUAUAAAUAAUAUAUAUAUUUGCAAACACGGAACAUGCAUAAUACUUGUGCCGAACGAUGUUCAGUGAUUGAUGGUUUUUUACAAAUUAGGAUAUUGAAUUUAUAUAAAGUGAUUAAUAUAUAAUAGUGUAGAGAUAAUGUGAAAAUGCGUUUUUAUUAUUCUCAUUUGUGAUUUUUCCGUAUUCUCUUGCAUUAUUCUGAUCAUCUUUAUAAUAUCUCUUUUUUAACAAAAUCAAGUGUCUGAGUACAACAUAUUAAGGUUGUUGUAUUAGUAAAUAAUUUCAAUUUAUAUCUGAGCUGAAAGACUAGAAAUAAUUUUAAAUGAUGUCCUAUUGAUGAAUGUAUUCUCAUUUUCCUCUAUUGUCUUGUGAAUGUAUGGUAGUAUGCUGAUGUAACGAAUUAAAUGAAAUUUAUCUUUAAAAAAUAAAAAAGAACAAAAAAACUGUAACAUA